ACAAACAGUCAAGAACAGAGAGGAUAAGAGUGGCUAACAGCUUUAAAACUCAGAGAGAACAAUUUGGAUGCGCUCACAUUCCAGUACAUUCCAGAAAAUCAGCAAAGAGAAGAAGGACAAGCAAAGGUGAAGAGUGAGAAGAACUUGGCAAUGUCUUCAUUUGAGACCCAGAACCAGUCUCCUCCACGAUGUGGCCCACAGUUCCCAAACCUGGGCCAGGAGCCGCCUGAGCUCAGCAUGUACGGCGACUGUUACUACCCUCCUCCCUCACUGCCGAGUCCUCAGCGCACCACGCCACCCUCCUACGACCUGAGUGACUACACCACCUCAUCUCCAAACCCUUACCUGUGGUUUAACAGCUCUGGGAUCAACACGCCGUCGUACCUGUCGACCUCCGUCCCACCUGGUACUCCCGGCCCUCCCUUUGUCCCUCAGCACUAUGGCAUGCAGCGUCCUUACCUGGGUCCAGCUGGAGCUGGAGGUCCAGGAGGGGAACUGAGCUGGUUUUCUCUACCCUCACAAGAAGAUUUGAUGAAGCUGGUCAGGCCUCCGUACUCCUACUCUGCUCUCAUUGCCAUGGCUAUCCAUGGAGCACCAGACAAGAGACUGACACUGAGUCAAAUUUACCAAUAUGUCGCUGAUAACUUCCCUUUCUACAACAAGAGUAAAGCGGGCUGGCAGAAUUCCAUCAGACACAAUCUUUCCCUCAAUGACUGCUUCAAAAAAGUACCAAGAGAUGAAGAUGAUCCAGGCAAGGGCAACUACUGGACUCUUGAUCCAAAUUGUGAGAAGAUGUUCGACAAUGGAAACUUCCGUCGCAAAAGGAAGAGGAAGUCUGAUUCCCUCUCUGGCGGUGAUGGCAGUUCAGGGGCUCCAGAGUCGGGUGACAGCGAGCGGGGCAGCCCCAAACACCCAACCCUCAACAUGUCCCCAACACCGGACAGGAUUCCCUCCCCUUCACUGACAGGUCCUACACCAUGCCUCAGCAGCUUCUUGUCUGAGAUGUCUACAGUUUCUUCUGGAGGAACCAGUGAGGUGGGGGGAGAUGGGUUAAGCAGGCCACUGCAGAUUAACCUUCCCACAGAUGGGCCUCAUAGACCCACCCAGCCUGGAAGCUUUAACAGCUACUCCUCCAACUCAGGUGGCUCGGAGUGGGUACCACAAGUGCCAGCUCCCCCUGUGCUCACUUCCUCACCCACUCACUCUUCUUUAGGUUACUCCAACCCAAUCUUAAACCAGUACAGUGGGUCUAGUGGGCAUUUCUAUCCAACACUGGGAUCAACAGGAAUUAUCUAUCAUCGUGAGGGUACAGAGGUUUAAUAAGACAUCACAAGAGAGGGGGAGGGAGGGUAAGUUUGAGAAGGCUAUUGAAAAAACAUUUCACCUGUCUGGUGUUAUUUCUGUUUUAGAGAUUUCCUGCGGUCACGAACACUUCACACAGAAAAACAAUAUGUUUGCGCUGACAGAGACAGUUGGGAUCACUAGUGUGUGACAGCAGAGUAGAAAGGCUUUGAUUCCCACAGGAACAGCCGAGUCAGCUGCAGCGGCCUUCCACUGUCACUCCCUGAAACCACAGUUAGCCUUCCUAUCAGAUCCUUCUCUCAGCUUUUAUUCUAACUAAAGCUAGUCUCUAUCAGAUCUGACUCAUUAUUAACAGAUCCUGCUGACACCAGGUUAUUCCAUAUCUGCUGUCUGGGAUGCUAUGAUGGUAUCGCCCUUUACAAUGCACAGACAGCACAUUUAGAUGAAUGGUUGAAUUACACCACUGUCAUCUAUAUGCAUGUAAAAUAAGAACAAACCAGUGAAAAGUAACGUUUGUGUCAAGGUUUUUUACUGAGACUAAAUUAAUCUGAUUAAUUUACAGACUAGGUGAAUGAUAUACAACUGGUUAUUGUUCUUUGUACAAAAGUAUAUGUGUUGUGGAAUGUUAUACAUGAUUGUUGGUUUCUUGGUACAACGUUUAAUGUACAUGAUCGAUUUAUAAGGUGUAAUACAUGUUGGAAGCUGUGUUUUUGUAUAUGAAUAAAAGGUUUUGGAGUUACA